CCUAACAGUUAGAUAGGAUAACAAAUAGCAAUUAGAUAACCGAUUAGCCUAUUAUCAAAUCAGAUACAAAUAUCAAAUAAUUUGUACUGAUUUUGUAUCAAAACAAAUUGUUCUCGGCUCUUGGUUAAGCCUUUUUAUUAUGCAUAAUUUAGUUAUCAAUCGAACGAAACUAAUAUAGCAAUGUCUCGUGAAGACUGGAAUCUCAAAGCAGAUACCCUAGCUAUAACGACAGCACAAGAUGUCAGCAUACAGUGUGAGCUUAUGUUGGAUGGACGCAGCUACGCAUUCGAUAUACCCGACAUAAGGCCAAGGCGUCGGUUGGUGCGUCGUUUUUAUUAUUUGCUAAUGCUGGAGAUUGCAUUGGCCGUGCCCUGCUCGGAGAUUAUGUUUAUCCUUACGAUUUCCUGUAAUCAGCUAGUUUUACGUGUGGCCACAAUUGUGGUGCUGUUAAUAUUUUACACGUUCCUCUAUCUAUGGCCAAAUUGGCGACGAUAUCCUCCCUACAAUUACUGCGUAUUCCUGUUGACAUCGCUCUCAACCGCCAUCAGCAUGAGUAUCUAUUUAAUACAGUUCGGUCAAACACGUUGGCUGCAUGCAUAUCCACUGAUUGUUAUUACCGAGCUGUUAGCUGUAGCUUUGUACACUAAACAGGACAGACUAAAAUGUUCGCAUGGUGUGGGCGUACUUAUAAUAUUCUUGGUUUUUGGAUUGUUUCUGGUGUUGGCAUACUUUUUGGGCAUGUUUGCCCAGAUGCUUGGCCUGUUCGGGUGUACGCUGGAGGCCUGGUAUAUUAUCUACGAUACACAUCUGAUGCUCUGCGGUCACCAUGGCUACAAUGUUAAGCCCGAGGAGUAUGUGUUUGCCGCUGUCAAUAUACACGCUGAUGUGCCCAAGUUUUUGUGGAUUUUAAUUAGGCACUUAGUGCUUGGACCAUUUGUGAUGUUCCUCGAGCUAAUACGAAAUUGCCGCACAAGUGGAAUAUGCUAAGUGCUAAGUAGCCGCGAAAUAGAGUAUGUGUAGAGUAACAAAAUGUAACACAUAGAUAGAAUAUAAUGCAUAUAUAAAAUAUAAUAUCAUAUUUUAUAUUCUACACUCUGUUUUCAAAACGUAAUCGCAAUAUUUUCCCUAUAUAUCCUACUUCCUGUCGCAAUUUGCUUAUUCGAAAAUAAAUAAAGCAAUCCAUUGUGCAAGAUAAAUGUAAA